CCGUCACGUGCCUGCGGCUUCGCGUCACACCCGGAAGCUGCUGCUGUGGGGAGCCGGCAGUAAUGAGCGGGGAGACAGGGCCGGCGUCCGCAGCGCCCCCUCCCGGGGAGGUCGAACCGGGCAGUGGGGUCCGCAUCGUGGUUGAGUACUGUGAACCCUGCGGCUUCGAGGCGACCUACCUGGAGCUGGCGAGUGCCGUGAAGGAGCAGUAUCCUGGCAUCGAGAUCGAGUCGCGCCUGGGGGGCACAGGGGCCUUUGAGAUCGAAAUCAAUGGACAGCUGGUGUUCUCCAAGCUGGAGAAUGGAGGCUUUCCUUAUGAGAAAGAUCUCAUUGAGGCCAUCCGAAGAGCCAGUAACGGAGAGCCCCUAGAAAAGAUCACCAAUAGCCGCCCUCCCUGCGUCAUCCUGUGACUACACGUGAUUCUGGGUUCCUGUUCUCUUCUGGGAUCCAAGCCAUGGUCACCCCUUUGGUUCUGCUGAGGGCUCCCUACUGCCUCUUUCACCUCACUUAGCUCCCUGCAGCUAAGAGACCCUGGCCUCCACUUUGCCCCUUUGGGUACCAGGAGGGUUCUGCGGUCUUAGGGGUCAAAGAGAAGACCCUCUCCAUGGGCAUUUCUACAGCCACCUUAUACCCCUUUCCCAGGAUCAGUGCCCACAAAAACCUGCUCCCCUCUCCAGCUUAGCCAUACCUGUCAGAUGCUACCAUAGUUCUAAUUUAUUUUCCACUAACCCCAGGCAAUGUCAGCUACUGGCAAUAAAGUGGCACUGCAAACAC